AUGCUGAUCCUGCAUCUAGAUCCUUCCCUCUCUUCCCCUCUUCCCGCCUUACCUCUUCUUGUCCUAACCACCUGGCAGCCCAGCGCCAGAUACUACGUGCUAGACGUGAUGGCAUGGCGCGGCUAUUCUCUCUAUGAUUGCACGGCCGAGUUCCGCCUCUUCUGGCUGCACACGCACCUGCUGCAGUGCGGCUGCCUAUUGAAACCAACUCCCAACAGCACCUAUUACGUUCUAGACGUGAUGGCAUGGCGUGGUUAUUCUCUAUAUGAUUGCACCGCGGAGUUUCGACUCUUCUGGCUGCACACACACCUGCCGCAGUGUGGCGCCUGCGACCCGCCCUCCCACUUCCACCGCUUCCGCUUCGCUCCCGUGCCGUUUUUUGAAUGCCAUCGCCAAGGGCUGGAGGCUGCUUACUGCGGGUGGAGAGAGGUGGGGGGUGGGGCAGCAGGGGCAGGGCAGGCAGGGGGAGCAGGGGGAGCAGGGGGAGCAGGGGGAGCAGGGGGGGCAGGGGGGGAGAUGGGGGGCGCCGAGGGAGCAGGGGUAGGAGCGGCAGAAGGAACGGGGAGUGCAACGACAGUGACUGGUAGCAGUGCAAAUGGAAUGGUGAAUGGUGCCCCAGUGUCAACUACAGCGGCUGAACAAGUGGAGUUCACUCGCGAUGGGCUUCUCUUUUACAACCGCCACUCGCACUACACCUUGGGUCUCUCUCCCCUGCUGCUGCAGUGGAAGGAUGCAGCGUGCAGCCGAUUCGUUAUCGACACUGAUGGGGCAGGGAAGAUUCCGGAGCAGCAGCAGGUGGUUCUCCUGCUGGCAGCAGCCGGCUCUCUGGUGACGAGCGACGAUCCUCCAGUGGUCUUCGGUUCCCUGCCGCCCCACACUCUCAAUGAUCCCUCCCUGCACCUGCGACCCAACAAACUACUGCGCUUUGCCAUAGGCCCAGGCGGGUUGCAUCUGGAGGAGGGGCGAGUGGUGGGGGCGGACCUGCUGUAUCAGGGAGCGGCCAACCAGAGGAGAGGUGGCGCUGAUAGCUGCUCCAAGAUCCUGUUUCAGUAUGCGGCUCGGUACUCCCCUCUCACCAUUCAGGACAUCGCUGCUGCAUUAGUAGCAGGACAUGAACUGCGAUUUCCCCCCUUCCCGCCUCUUUCCCCCCCCGGAGCGGCAUGGGAUUUCCUCGAGGGGGCGUUGCGCUGCACGCUGCGCACAUGCCAGUGCGUCUCCCCUUCUACUCAGCCCCAGAGCAGGCCUGCGUGUCAAAUUCCCGCCUGCGCGCAGCUUGCGCACAUUCAGUAUGUUGCGCCGGUCUGGGUCCCACCUUCCGCCAGGAUUUCCCCUCCCCAGUGCGCCCCUGCGCACCAGUGCCUUGCUCCGCACGCUCCCAUCACCAUGCGCUCGUGCAACCUGCACCUACAUGCUGCCCCUCAUGCUUCCCCACAUGCACCCCCGCACCACCUCGGGUGCUCCCCCGACGAUCACGACCCCACUGGAGCCCCUCUUUCUGCGCCCGUCUCUCCACCUCGGGGCAAACCUGCUGCGCCGCAUGCUCCGACCUGCUCCCCCACAUGCUCCCCCGCCCUCUCCCUUUCCGCCGCCUGCGCUCUCCCUGCGACGAACCCACUCGCGCGCCUCUAUCCAACGCGGGGCGGACUUGCCGAAUUGCUCGGUUCGGGGGCAGGAAGGUGGCGGAUUGAACGGUAA